AUGCAUAUUCGAAAAGCUACCAAGUAUCUGAAGGAUGUCACUUUACAGAGCAAUGUGUGCCAUUCCGUCUUUAUAAUGGUGGAGUUGUUUGCCAGGGUAUGGAUACCUGAUCCUGAGGAAGUUUGGAAGUCAGCAGAGCUGCUCAAAGACUACAAGCCAGGAGAUAAAGUCCUCCUGCUUCACCUUGAGGAAGGAAAGGAUUUGGAAUAUCGUCUAGAUCCAAAGACCAAGGAACUGCCUCACUUAAGAAACCCUGACAUCCUUGUGGGUGAAAAUGACCUCACAGCCCUCAGCUAUCUUCACGAGCCUGCUGUGCUCCACAAUCUCAGAGUCCGCUUUAUUGAUUCCAAACUCAUUUAUACAUAUUGUGGUAUAGUCCUAGUAGCUAUAAAUCCAUAUGAACAGCUGCCUAUUUAUGGAGAAGAUAUUAUUAAUGCAUACAGUGGUCAGAACAUGGGUGAUAUGGAUCCACAUAUUUUCGCAGUAGCUGAAGAAGCUUACAAGCAAAUGGCCAGAGAUGAACGAAAUCAGUCCAUCAUUGUAAGUGGAGAGUCUGGGGCAGGAAAAACAGUCUCAGCUAAGUAUGCCAUGCGCUACUUUGCAACUGUAAGUGGUUCUGCCAGUGAAGCCAAUGUUGAGGAAAAGGUCUUGGCCUCCAACCCCAUCAUGGAGUCAAUUGGAAAUGCUAAGACAACCAGGAAUGAUAAUAGCAGCCGUUUUGGGAAAUAUAUUGAGAUUGGUUUUGAUAAGAGAUAUCGAAUCAUUGGUGCCAAUAUGAGAACUUACCUUUUAGAGAAAUCUCGAGUGGUGUUCCAGGCAGAAGAGGAAAGAAACUACCAUAUCUUCUAUCAACUUUGUGCCUCAGCAAAGUUACCUGAAUUUAAGAUGCUGCGAUUAGGAAAUGCAAAUCACUUUCAUUACACGAAGCAAGGUGGCAGUCCUGUGAUUGAAGGAAUCGAUGAUGCGAAGGAGAUGGCACAUACCAGGCAGGCCUGCACUUUGCUAGGAAUUAGUGAAUCUUAUCAGAUGGGAAUUUUCCGAAUACUUGCUGGCAUUCUUCACUUAGGUAACGUUGGAUUUACGUCUCGAGACUCAGACAGCUGCACAAUACCUCCCAAGCAUGAACCUCUCAGCAUCUUCUGUGACCUCAUGGGUGUGGACUAUGAGGAGAUGUGUCACUGGCUCUGCCAUCGGAAGCUGGCCACUGCCACGGAGACGUACAUCAAGCCCAUCUCCAAGCUGCAGGCCACGAAUGCCCGCGAUGCUUUAGCCAAGCACAUCUAUGCGAAGCUUUUUAACUGGAUCGUAGAUCAUGUCAAUCAGGCUCUCCAUUCUGCAGUCAAACAGCACUCUUUUAUUGGAGUGCUGGACAUUUAUGGAUUUGAAACAUUUGAGAUAAAUAGUUUUGAACAGUUUUGCAUAAAUUAUGCAAAUGAAAAACUACAGCAGCAGUUCAAUCUGCAUGUCUUCAAAUUAGAACAAGAGGAAUAUAUGAAGGAACAAAUUCCAUGGACUCUCAUAGAUUUUUAUGAUAAUCAGCCUUGCAUUAAUCUUAUAGAAUCUAAACUGGGCAUUCUAGAUUUGCUGGAUGAGGAAUGCAAAAUGCCUAAAGGUACAGAUGACACUUGGGCCCAGAAAUUGUACAACACACAUUUGAACAAAUGUGCCCUCUUUGAAAAGCCCCGUAUGUCAAACAAAGCUUUCAUCAUCCAACAUUUUGCUGACAAAGUGGAAUACCAGUGUGAAGGCUUUCUGGAAAAGAAUAAAGACACUGUUUUUGAAGAACACAUUAAAGUUCUUAAAUCAAGCAAGUUUAAGAUGCUACCAGAAUUAUUUCAAGAUGAUGAGAAGGCCAUCAGUCCAACCUCAGCCACCUCUUCGGGGCGCACACCCCUCACUCGCAUUCCUGCAAAGCCCACCAAGGGUCGACCAGGCCAGACGGCUAAAGAGCACAAGAAAACAGUGGGGCACCAGUUCCGAAAUUCCCUUCACCUGCUUAUGGAGACCCUCAAUGCCACUACCCCUCACUAUGUGCGUUGUAUUAAGCCUAAUGAUUUCAAGUUCCCAUUCACAUUUGAUGAGAAGAGGGCAGUGCAGCAACUGAGAGCGUGUGGUGUCCUGGAAACCAUCCGAAUCAGUGCAGCAGGUUUCCCCUCACGGUGGACUUACCAAGAAUUUUUCAGCCGCUACCGUGUCCUAAUGAAGCAAAAAGAUGUGCUGAGUGACAGAAAGCAAACAUGCAAGAACGUAUUAGAGAAACUGGUCCCGGACAAGGACAAAUACCAGUUUGGUAAGACCAAGAUCUUUUUCCGUGCUGGUCAAGUGGCCUAUCUAGAGAAAUUGAGGGCAGACAAGCUGAGGGCUGCCUGCAUUCGGAUCCAGAAGACAAUCCGAGGGUGGCUGCUGCGGAAGAAGUACCUGCGCAUGCGGAAGGCAGCCAUCACUGUGCAGAGACACGUGCGAGGCUACCAGGCCCGAUGCUAUGCUAAGUUCCUGCGCAGAACCAAGGCUGCAACCAUUAUUCAGAAGUACUGGCGCAUGUAUGUAGCCCACAGGAAGUACAAAAUUAAACGAGCUGCCACUAUCGUUCUUCAGUCUUAUUUGCGAGGCUACUUGGCCAGAAAUAGGUAUCGCAAGAUAUUCCGUGAGCACAAAGCAGUCAUCAUUCAGAAGUGGGUCCGGGGCUGGCUGGCUCGCACCUGCUACAAGAGGAGCAUGCAUGCCAUCAUCUACCUUCAGUGCUGCUUCCGGCGGAUGAUGGCCAAGCGCGAGCUGAAGAAGCUCAAGAUCGAGGCCCGCUCCGUGGAGCGCUAUAAGAAACUCCACAUCGGCAUGGAGAACAAGAUCAUGCAGCUGCAGCGCAAAGUUGACGAGCAGAACAAAGACUACAAGUGCCUCAUGGAGAAAUUGACCAGUCUGGAAGGAAUUUACAACUCUGAGACUGAGAAACUACGAAGUGACUUAGAACGUCUUCAGCUAAGUGAGGAGGAGGCUAAGGUUGCCACUGGACGGGUCCUCAGUCUACAGGAAGAAGUUGCCAAGCUCCGGAAAGACCUGGAACAAACUCGAUCAGAGAAAAAAUCCAUUGAGGAACGUGCAGAUAGAUACAAACAAGAAACUGAGCAGGUGGUAUCAACUCUGAAGGAAGAAAAUACUUUGCUGAAGCAGGAAAAAGAGGCCCUCAAUCACCUUAUCGUGGAACAGGCUAAGGAGAUUACAGAGACUAUGGAGAAGAAGUUAGUGGAAGAAACGAAACAACUGGAACUCGAUCUUAAUGAUGAAAGGCUGAGAUAUCAGAACCUUCUGAAUGAGUUCAGUCGCUUAGAAGAACGAUACGAUGACCUCAAGGAAGAGAUGACUCUGAUGUUGAAUGUGCCAAAGCCUGGACACAAGAGAACAGACUCCACUCAUAGCAGCAAUGAGUCUGAAUACACCUUUAGCUCUGAAAUUGCAGAAACUGAAGACAUUACAUUGAGGACAGAGGAGCCAAGUGAGAAGAAGGUACCUCUGGACAUGUCGUUGUUCCUCAAGCUCCAGAAGCGGGUCACAGAGCUGGAGCAGGAGCGUCAAGAACUAGAAUCAGAAAACAAAAAACUGAAAAAUGAGCUAAAUGAGUUACGCAAGGCCCUUAGUGAGAAAAGUGCCCCAGAGGUGACGGCUCCAGGUGCACCCGCAUACCGUGUCCUCAUGGAGCAGCUGACCUCUGUGAGUGAGGAGCUCGAUGUCCGCAAGGAGGAGGUCCUCAUCUUGAGGUCUCAGCUGGUGAGCCAGAAAGAGGCCAUCCAGCCCAAGGAUGACAAGAACACAAUGACAGAUGCCACAGUACUUUUGGAAGAUGUACAAAAAAUGAAAGAUAAAGGCGAAAUAGCACAAGCAUACAUUGGUUUGAAAGAAACAAAUAGGCUUCUGGAAUCCCAGCUCCAGUCACAGAAGAGGAGCCAUGAGAACGAGGCCGAAGCCCUCCGCGGGGAGAUCCAGAGCCUGAAGGAAGAGAACAACCGGCAGCAGCAGCUGCUGGCCCAGAACCUGCAGCUGCCCCCUGAGGCCCGCAUCGAGGCCAGCCUGCAGCACGAGAUCACCCGGCUGACCAACGAGAACUUGUAUUUUGAGGAAUUAUAUGCAGAUGACCCUAAGAAGUAUCAAUCAUAUCGGAUUUCACUUUACAAACGGAUGAUUGAUUUGAUGGAACAACUUGAAAAACAAGAUAAGACUGUCCGGAAACUGAAAAAACAACUGAAAGUAUUUGCCAAAAAAAUUGGUGAACUAGAAGUGGGCCAGAUGGAGAACAUAUCUCCAGGACAGAUCAUUGACGAGCCCAUCCGUCCAGUCAACAUUCCCAGGAAAGAGAAGGAUUUCCAAGGAAUGCUGGAAUACAAGAAGGAGGACGAGCAGAAACUUGUUAAGAACCUGAUUCUGGAACUGAAGCCACGUGGGGUAGCAGUCAAUUUGAUUCCAGGGCUGCCAGCAUAUAUCCUGUUUAUGUGUGUUCGACAUGCUGACUACCUGAAUGAUGAUCAGAAAGUAAGGUCGCUGCUAACAUCGACAAUUAACAGCAUCAAAAAAGUAUUAAAGAAACGAGGUGAUGAUUUUGAAACUGUUUCCUUCUGGCUCUCUAACACCUGCCGAUUUUUGCACUGUUUGAAGCAGUACAGUGGAGAAGAGGGCUUCAUGAAGCACAACACCUCUCGCCAGAAUGAACACUGCCUCACCAACUUUGACCUGGCCGAGUACCGGCAGGUGCUGAGUGACCUGGCCAUCCAGAUCUACCAGCAGCUCGUGCGGGUGUUAGAGAACAUCCUUCAGCCCAUGAUCGUCUCAGGCAUGCUGGAACAUGAGACCAUUCAGGGCGUGUCUGGGGUGAAGCCCACGGGGCUGAGGAAGCGGACCUCUAGCAUUGCCGACGAGGGCACCUACACACUGGACUCCAUCCUCCGGCAGCUCGGCUCCUUCCACUCAGUCAUGUGUCAGCACGGAAUGGACCCUGAGCUGAUCAAGCAGGUGGCUAAGCAGAUGUUCUACAUCGUGGGGGCCGUCACGCUGAACAACCUCCUCCUGCGGAAGGACAUGUGCUCCUGGAGCAAAGGCAUGCAGAUCAGGUACAAUGUCAGUCAGCUGGAAGAAUGGCUGCGUGACAAGAAUCUGAUGAACAGCGGGGCUAAAGAAACCCUGGAACCUCUCAUUCAGGCUGCUCAGCUUUUGCAAGUGAAAAAGAAAACAGAUGAUGAUGCAGAAGCCAUUUGUUCCAUGUGCAAUGCUUUAACUACUGCCCAGAUUGUCAAAGUGCUGAAUUUGUAUACGCCAGUUAAUGAGUUUGAAGAAAGAGUCUCUGUGUCAUUUAUUCGUACUAUACAGAUGCGUUUACGAGACAGGAAGGACUCUCCUCAGCUGCUCAUGGAUGCUAAACACAUCUUUCCUGUCACCUUCCCCUUUAACCCAUCCUCCCUCGCACUGGAGACCAUCCAGAUCCCCGCCAGCCUGGGCCUUGGCUUCAUCUCCCGGGUCUGAAGGUGAUGUCAAGGUGAACGGCGAUAACACGUUUCCUCCUGAAAUAAGAGCCCGUUAUUUCCAGGGAGCUACUAAAAACACAUUUUUAACAACGAUGUACUGAUCAUCUUCCAAACAAGAAGUUAUUAACUGGAAAUCUCUUAGGAUACUCCCAUCACCUUGGAAAGAAGUCACGCCCCUUUGUGCAGUGUCACCUUUAGCAACACUCACCCUUGAUCAUUAGGUACCCCACGUUUACAUCAGGUGAAUGACAGGAGGAGGGAAAAGUGUGUCUUCAGCUGCCAGCAUUAAUUUUAAAUCCUUAGCACUGCAUCUGAAUGGCAUGAAAAAACAUUCCAAAUGUGAGCUGUUGUUAGGAAGGUACCAGCAGAGAACCUCCCUGUGUAACCAGAAGAAAAAUCGCUAUUGAGUACAUAUCAUAUCAGUCUAGGAAUCAAUGUUGAUGUUGUUGAACUGGAUCGAAAAAUAAACUGGCAGUAUGUAUAGUAGUUGGACAGGUAACUUCCCUUAUGUGUCAUUAUGAUGUAGAGAUAUUACGCGAAUGCUGGUUUGCUGUAUAGCAUAGAAGUCCAUCUGUACUGUAGUUUCCUGAGCAUUUUAAACUGCUGCUACAUACUGUGUUCUUUACAAUGUAAGCGAUAUUCUUAGGCACUACAACAAUAAGCUUCUCUUAUCAACUCUGUUUACAGUUCAAUCAGAUCACAGUUUUAACUGGAUUAUGUGCAAAUAUCUAUGGAUGCCCCUGCACAAGUAGCAGACACUGGGAAGUCAUAUAGUAAUAUGACAAAACAUUUGACAUUUAGGGUAGGAUUAGACAGAGUGGCAGUUGUUAAUGUCAUUAUUUAUUCAGGACGUGUUACAGUGAUGUGCUCAUUAUUUCCCCUGGGUGGAGAUCACAGCGGGGUACAGUGUUCUGUGAAGUGACUUAUUUUUAGUUCCCAGAUCUGAUUCCUGCAGUGCGUAUAGUCAACUGUGACAGGCUUUCUUUCUUCUUAAUUUAUUAAGAAUUAAUCUCAGUCACUAUCUAGAGAGCAUUGUCAGAAUAUUCAUGAUUCAGGUCUUGAAACCUUGAUUAUCUUAUAAAUUAUGCAAAAGAUGGUGUAUAAUGAAUACUUAUGGUUCCAUUUUUUAGGCUUUGCAACUUCUGUAAAUGUUCUCAGUACCACUAGAUACUUAAAAGCACAUCACGUUAGAAAUACUUUGACAUAUAUAUGAAAUAGAAGAAAAUUGCUGAAAUUUACAGAGGAUUUGGUUCAAUAAGACCCAGAUUCUAUGUUUUCAUUCUGAAAUUCUAAUUAAACAUACUCUGCAUUUUUUCUUAGAAAUCUUAUACAUAAAUCUUUCAGGUUGUGCAAACGCAAAUCCUUAGCUUUUAUCAGAAACUCUGGUUCUGCAUUGCAAUCAUAGAUUUAUAUAAUUUAACUCCCAGAUGGUGUAUAAAAUGACAUCUUAUUAAAAUAUGUGCAAUAUUAAUGGAAGUCAGUUUCAAAUCACUGAUAAAGAUUUUUAUUAAAAGAUAAAUACUGUCUGCUAACUUAUUCAGGCCUCAAAUUCCUCUUUUAUAAAUAAGAGGGUUAGACAACUGAUUCUUCAGGUCCCUUCCACGUCUAAUAUUCUCUCCUCUCGGCACUCGGAUCCUAGGGAAACAAGCUGCAGUUACUCAGUAAGUUGAUCCCCUGAUGGGGAGACCAGCGUUUGGUGCCUGUUAAGUCUGAGGGAUUAGUAACGGUAUCACAAGUCUGUGUAGCUAUAACCUCUCUUCACUGUACGUGAUUUAUGUUCAUACUUUUAGAAAGUUAGUUUCAGUGAUUUUUAUUGAAUCACAUACUGCUGUCUUCAAUUUGGAUACCUUUAUUUGCAAAACCAACCCAAGACACUACUCAUUCAAUUAGAUUCUCUCAGUUUUGCCUGGUUUGUCAGUAUGGUUUUCAAUGAACAAUGAACUCAUCACCAUGUGGUUAGUACUGAAUGUGUCAUAGUCUAAGAGCUUAGAUGGAACUUGGGUAGGAAGAUGCUAAAAACAAAGUGCCACCAUGGGGUAGGCUGUCCACCUUAGACCUGAACUCUCCCCAGGCCCUCCCCAGCUUAGUCCUGUGUGGCAUGUCCCAUUUCACCCUCAAUCUUGUCUGGUCUUCAAGAUGCGCCAUAGCUCCCACUGCCCUUGCAGCCGUCUUUCUUACUCCCAGACAGCUCGUGUCCUGAAGCGUCUCUUGUCUGGGCCUUGGUCUCUCACCUGACUGCUGUCUUUCUGCUGGAAAGGGCUGCAGCCUGUUCCACUCCUUGUGCUCAGAGAUGGCCACACAAGGCUCUGCUGUUUGAGGGCUCCAACUUCCUCCAAGGCCUCCCAGGACCCAGGUGGGGUCUGAAUGAACUUCUCUUAGCAGCCUAAAGAUCUUUAGUGAUAGCGAGUGUACCUUGUGGCCAGGGAACCCAGCCUGGCAAUGACUGUACUACUGGAGGACGCAACACUAUUCUGCCUGGGUGUCCUUUGGCCACUCCGAGGACUGCCCACCCUCCCUACUGUCCAUCCCCUUUCUCACACAGCCUCAGACACACACCUCCGGCAGCUUCCGCCCUCCCGCUUACCUGUUCACUCUCCUUCCCUCAAGCAGACUGUACCCCACGGCCGGGCCUGCUCGCCGGCUCUGACCGCGUUGAGGCAGUGGAAGGAGUCCAUCUGCACUUGCCCCCUGGCCUGCCUGGUGGCUUAACCAUGAGUCCAGUCUUUGCACAACAACUUCUCACUUCUUUGCAGUACAUUCUUUAACGUCACUAAUUUACUUUUUCAUAAUUCCUCUAUGACAGACAAUAGAAAUUUAAAGAAAGAUCUUGAAAGAGUAGCAGUUCAUUGUCUUAAUAGCCCCUUCUCUAUUCUCUCCUCCCCACUCACAUACAGAUUCAGCUCACACCUUGGAAUUCAAAGUUGAAAAAUUAGAAGCAGUUUCUCUUCCUAGGUUAAGGCUUUGAUCCACCUGAGAGUAACUAUAAAGACGUGGGAAGAUGAACAGGGCGUGAGAUCCACAGAUGUGGCUUCAUGAUGCCUUUGGAAGUUUUGAAAAAUCCCCAUGUACCUGACACUGCUUUUGUCAGGAGCAAAAGUACAAAUGUGUAUAUUCCAAAGCCAACUGAGAGGAGAGUUGGGGAUUAGUAUGAUUUGCUUUAUGUCAGUGGAUAAUUGAGAGUUGGCUUUUUCUGGGUAAUUAUGUGUAGUAUAGAUCAAAUCUUAACAGUGGGCAAAGGUAUGAAAAUACUUUAUUAGAAUUUCAGUACAGUGAUUGUUGUGAGAAAUGACUUUCCUGGUAACCCCAGGUAAAGAUGCACCUGCCACCAUCCUGAGUCCUCACGCAACCAGUGUCUCUCUUUCUUUCCCCCUCUCUCCUUUCUCCUAAACACACAUGGAUUCACCAGUUCAUAGCAUUCCCCAGGAGGCAGAGUCAAGUAUCCUCUGGGUAGCUUCAACUAUUUAGAAUAAAACAGCAAAAAUUAGCGUUUGACCCUUAAACUCUCCUGUUGAAAGUCGUGCAGGACAGUAAGUACCUCGCAUCUGGCUAUGCUUUACUCUACCCGCUUUCUCUGUUACCUCACUAUCCUCACAGCGGCACAGGAAGGUAGAAACGCAGCUGCAAUCCUCUGCUGAUGAUUUGAGAGAGAGGUAAGGUCAGACUUGCCUGAGGUCCCGCGGCUCUCCCGCCCGGCCCCUCUCCCAUACGCAGCAGUGGGUGGCAGCGUGGGCAGAUGCAGCGCGGAGACUUUAACAAGUCCUGAGGUUACAUCUGUUCCUCGAGGUACCUGUGGGGUACCCCGGGUGGACAAGAGGUGCUCUUUCUCCUUAUCAGAGUGGGCACCUGGCGUAUGGGAACUAAGCAGUGAGCAAUCCCGAGUUCUUUGUGCUGAUGAGAUGGAGCAACUAGAGCCUAGAGCUGGUAGUUUUCCUUCUGUCAAUUACCGGCUAUAACCGGGUUUGACUUGGUAAGGAAUCAGUGCUCCCUUGGAGGGUGCAGUACUCUGUUAGGUCACUCAUUAGUAGCAGGCUGUCAGCCUGAUGGAAAGCAGUGAACACCUCCCAAAAGUGAAGAGGAAGGUCACUCAACACCCCUCUGUUAGAGCCACCAGGUGAGCUGUGCAGCCUGUGGGGAGCCCCCAGCUGAGGCCAAGCCCCUGGGUGCUUCUGAGGGCUGUCCCCAGCUGGGCCCUGCACAAGUCAGGGCAUGUUUGAACUUUACGGUGUGUGCAUGCUGCCAGUGUUUACUUUACAGCUAGGAGGUGUGCUGUGUGCAUGCGCAUUAGAGAGGCCGUGUCUUGCCGUGGCCUCUGUUCGUGGAUAAGUGCAUUGUCAUUUCUUCUCAGGCUGUGCUGUGAGGGCCGCCUUAACCCCUGCUCCCUUCCCUCCUGGAGCUGCCUUAAGUUCUCCAAAACUUUUCCUCUGUCAGGGGAUAUCUUGCCUGGAGAGAAUAUCAAGCCCUGUUUCUCAAGGUUUUGUGAGGGUUUUGGUUGGGUGUGGCCUCCAACCGCUAAUUCCUUUCCCAGUCUGCAUGCUCCUCCCCCACCUAUUUUUCCUUUCUUAUCUGUUAUUUCCAAACAGGUAUUAGAACUCUGAGGCAGCAACAAUCUCAGAGCCAAUGAAAUGUGGGCUUAGAAAGUGUUCCUGAGUUUGGGGGCCUCUGUGUUACAAGUAAGCAAAUGAACACAUGGAAGAAAUACAGAGAUAAGUUAGAGAUUCUCAGUAAUAUCUAAAUGGCUUGUUUUCCACUGACUUUUUCUUAAUAAAGGUAAAGAGUACUACUGUAAAACUUUUCAUGGACAUUCUUUAAAAAUAAUUUUUAAGAACCCAGUACUAUAAAAGAUUGAAAACAAGAAAGAGUGCUAUAAAUUCUAAUCCAUUGUAUUACCCUAAAUUAAAUCAACCUGGAAUUAGUGGGUUUUCAGUAGAUCAGGAACUGAAAAGUACAUGUAACAUACCUGUGAAAAUGCAUUUUAUACAUUUUUUUAUUUUAUAAUUUGGUCUAGCUAAAAUGUUCAUUAGCUUAACGGGUGUUAGUAGAGUCAUAAAUAUCUGAAAAUGACUUUUUUUAGUACUGUAAUGUUGCCUGAAAUAUUUGAAAGAAAAAUGUCUUUUGAGUUGAAACUGGAAUGUAUAAUUCAAUGCUUGGUAGGUAAGUAUAUUUUAAUGCAUUUUUCAGAGUCAGUAAUUUCAAAUAUCUUAUUGUUACCAUAUGUUGUAAAAUUUAACUUACAUUUCUGGCUCCCUAAAUCAUUUGAGCCAUUUAAUUUUUUCCAACAAAUGCUGAUUUUUUUUUCUCCUUUAAAUGUGGAUAUGUGUGUUGUAAUUUAUGAUUCCUAGUUAUGUAUUUUUGUGGAAUCCUGGAGUAACAUUGACUUUCUGUGUCUUGGAAAUUUAAACUGCUCUAACAAUGUUGCACAGAAAUGAGCUCAUGACAUUUAACAUACUGUAUUUUAAUUGUUAACUUUAAUUGUUAAUUUACUGUGAAAUGGACAUGCCUUUUAACUAAAAUGAAAUUGAACAUUGCAAUUUUCAAAAUUGUUUUUCUUGUAUCUGGAAAAGGAAUUCUACUUUGUUCUACAGCGAAAAACAUGAUAUAGCUAAUCUUUGAAAAGUUUUUAGGUACAGUAUUCAUCCAUUAAAAAGGAGGCAGGAGUACUGAGAAAUGAAAGGAAUUAUCAACCAGCGCUAGUUUUAAAGGGAAACCAUUCCAGCAUAUCUCACAUGUAGUUUAAAAAAUAAGUUAAUAAUUCACCUCAUCAACAAAAGCCUUUGAAACAUGGGUUUUCACUAGGUAUUACCUAGUGCUAAGAUGAAAACCAAAACAAUAUCAGAUUGACAUUUAAGCUCUGAACUUGUAGUUGUCUAAUGUUGUACUUAGUAAAUGUGCGUCACUGUGCUGUAUUCUCCUAGCUAUUAUAGAAAAUUGUUCAAAUAAAGAUAUGGAUAUAAAGGA